GGAACAGCGAACGACCAGAGAGAGGAGAGACGGCGUGGAGACAGCAGCGCACGCACGCACUCACUCACACACUCACUCACACACACAGCCGGGGAACAGUGUGGAACUGCCGACCAGGGCUUUUUGUAUUCGUCUGUGAACUGUAAGGAACCUGGGCUAUCGUUUAAAGCCGUGGUAGCCUAACGGAAGGUCGGGGUUAUUUGUGGUUUUGGUUCCUGUCAACAACGGUCUCUCUCGGCGUCCUGGCAUUUUUCCGUCUUGCCGUGGAGGGGUUGGCCAGCGCUCGAGUUGUGGAGAGCCGUGAGGAGAGGAGAGGAGAGGGAGGGCGAGGAGAGUGGACCUCAUGUCAGUUGGAUUCGAUUGUGACCAAACGUCUCUCUUCAAACGCGAGAUCGAGGAAUUGCCUACUCUGCGGAGAGCGUCGCUCGCUACCCGUGAUAACGUCGUUCUCUCCCGAUCCCCGCUGUCAUUUCGCGAAGAACGUGGAUUGAAAGUUGCUUCCUCAACCAUGAACAGUAUUCACCCCUGGAUGAUUGGUGGAUUUCUUUUGAGUGCCUGAAAUGCGCUCUUAAACAACUAUUCCGGGAAGAAUUGUAGAGAACUUUAUUGGCAGCGCGAGCAGCCGAGAGGAAGAAACUGUUGUCGCGGUUAACUCAAGCCACAAGCCGCCCGCCGUGGGUACGCGUGCUUCCCCGUGUUGGCAGGGGCGUUUCGAGGCAACCUCGAGGAAGAUUUCUGGUGGCCGUGAAAUAGCUGUGGGUGGCGGUUCACCCAUCAAGAUGGAUUUACUCACAUGGAUGUUUGGAUAUUUAUUUGCACUUUGUCUGUCACCGUUGCGCGCCGAAGAAGCCGCAGGCGAGCAGUGCGGAGGUCAUCUGGACGCGAGUGACCCCGGCUACAUCACCACCCCGGGCUACCCUCUGGAGUACCCGCCGCACCAGGACUGCCGCUGGGUCAUCACCGCCCCCGAGCCCGCGCAGCGCAUCGUCCUCAACUUCAACCCCCACUUCGAGCUGGAGAAACUCGACUGCAGGUACGACUUCAUCGAGAUCCGCGACGGGAACUCGGACGCGGCCGACCUGCUGGGCCGGCACUGCAGCAACAUCGCGCCGCCCGCCAUCAUCUCGUCCGGCCCCGUGCUCUACAUCCGCUUCGCCUCCGACUACGCACACCAGGGGGCCGGCUUCUCGCUGCGCUACGAGAUCUACAAGACAGGCUCGGACUGCUCGCGUAACUUCACCAGCCUGUCGGGUGUGAUCGAGUCGCCGGGCUUCCCCGACAAGUACCCGCACAACCUGGAGUGCCACUUCAUCAUCAUCGUGCCCCCGCACAUGGACGUCACGCUCACCUUCCUGACCUUUGACCUGGAGAACGACCCGCUGCAGGGGGCCGAGGGAGAGUGCAAGUACGACUGGCUGGAGAUCUACGACGGCCUGCCGCAAGUGGGCCCUCUGAUUGGUCGUCACUGCGGUACAAAGAUCCCUCCUGAGGUGCAGUCGUCCACGGGCAUCCUGUCUCUGUCCUUCCACACGGACAUGGCCGUGGCCAAAGAUGGCUUCUCCGCACGCUACAACAUGACCUACAAAGAAGCCAGCGACAACUUCCACUGUAGCAAUGCCCUGGGCAUGAAGUCCGGCCGUAUCUCCGACGACCAGAUCACGGCCUCGUCGGUCUUCUACGACGGCCGCUGGAACGCGCAGCAGGCUCGCCUCCACAACGAGGACCACGGCUGGACGCCCAGCACCGACAGCCAGAAGGAGUACAUCCAGGUGGACCUGCAGUUUGUGAAGCUGCUGACAGGCAUCGCCACGCAGGGCGCCGUGUCCAAGCAGACGCAGAAGCAGUACCACGUCACCAGCUUCAAGCUGGAGCUCAGCACCAACGGGGAGGACUGGAUGGUCUACCGCAACGGCAAGAGCCACAAGGUGUUCCAUGCCAACAUUAACCCCACGGACCCCGUUCUCAAUCGCAUCCCUCAGCCGGUUCUAGCACGGUUUGUCCGGAUCCGACCCCAGGCCUGGAAGACCGGCAUUGCCCUGCGCUUCGAGUUGUAUGGAUGUCAGAUCACAGACCAGCCGUGUUCGGAGAUGCAGGGCAUGCUGUCGGGUCUGCUGCCCGACUCCCAGAUCUCGGCGUCCUCCAUGCGAGACCUCCACGCCCCCAUGGGCGUCGCCCGGCUGGUGGCCAGUCGCUCGGGCUGGUUCCCAAGCCCCGCCCAGCCGGUGGCGCGGGAGGAGUGGCUCCAGGUGGACCUGGGCGUGGCCAAGGCGGUGCGGGGCGUGAUCACGCAGGGCGCGCGCGGCAUGGACGGAGGCUCCAGCACGGAGAGCCGCGCCUACGUCAGGAAGUACCGGCUGGCGCACAGCGUCACGGGCCGAGACUGGACCUUCGUCAUGGACGCCAAGACCAACCUGCCCAAGAUCUUCGAGGGCAACACACACUUCGACACCCCAGAGAUCCGGCGCUUUAACGAGACGGUGGCCCAGUUCGUGCGCGUCUACCCCGAGCGCUGGUCCCCCGCCGGCAUCGGCAUGAGGAUGGAGGUGCUGGGCUGUGACCUGCCAGAGUCCACCACGGUUCCUGACACAGCAACCCCGACCAUGCCCCCUAUGGAGACCACCACAGGACAGAGACUUCCACACAUGGACACCUCUGCCUCUCCCUGGUUCGGAGGGCUGUGUGAUUUUGAGCAGAGUCUGUGCGGGUGGUCACAUGACCCGUCCACUCCGCUGCACUGGUCACUGCACAGCGCCGGACCUCCCCACGACUCCACCCAGCGCGGCUCCGACG